AUGUCGAACCCAUCUCAGCUCUUCCUCCUAGCAGACCACAUCAAACUCUCCCUCCUCGAACGACAACGCGCAAUAUCCCUCAACCUCGAACCCAACACCCAAGACGGCGAAAUCUCUCGAUCUUUAGAGUCGUUUCGCGAGAGUCUUGAGCGCCUCGAAAACGACAGCGACAACAGAGAUGACGCCGAUAUUCAAGAACAAAUAAGCACACUACGUACUCAAUACGACGACUUUGCAUCUCAAUUCUAUGGAAACAGCCAUGAAGAACCAAGCGAUGCCACAAAAGUACCGAAUGAUCCAUCCCUAGGACCGGAUUUUGCGCAUGCGACUCGCGGGACGAAUCUGCAGCAACCUAUUCCGCAACAUCCGAUCUCUAAAUCUGUGCGGUUCACAGACGCUGGUGAAGACGAUGAGGAGUAUAACUCCAACAGGGCGGCAUUAUUACAGCCCUACCGCGACGACCCAAGCAGUACCCGCGAAGGAGGACAAGCCUAUUUGGAUACAAGCAACCUCGAUAACCAACAAAUCCACGCCCACCACCAACGGAUUCUCUCCGAGCAAGAUGCGCAAUUAGAUUCGCUGGGCGAGUCUAUUGGUCGCCAGCACCAGCUGAGCAUUCAGAUUGGUGAUGAAUUAGAAGGACAGAUAGCGCUGCUGGAUGAUGUGGAUGAGCAUGUUGAUCGGCAUCAGGGACGACUGAAUAAUGCGCGACGCAGACUGGACAAAAUUCGGAGGAAGGCGGGGGAUAAUUGGAGUAUGAUGACUAUUAUUGGAUUGAUUAUUGUGCUUGUUAUUUUGAUUGUUAUACUCAAGUAG